UCGUCGUCCUCCCAUGGAGACCUUCAGCGAGCCCCUGAAGCCGCCCGCCUCGCCGUCGCUGCCGGAGAAGAAGCGCCUGCACCGCGCCCCGUCGCCGGCCCGGCCCUUCCUCCUGCUCAAGGACCCGCUGCACGCCCGCGCCUCGCCCGCCAGGCCCCCUCCCGCGCCCCCCAAGUCCCCCAGCCUCUCCGCCAAGCCCCCGUCCCCGGCGCCCCUCUGGCCCGCGCCUCCCAGCCGCCUCUCCCGGCGGAGCAAGGCGCCGGCCUCGCCCGCCUCCCCGAGCGGGCUCUGCCUCCGGGGCUCCGCCAAAGCCGCGCUCUCCUGCAAGAAGCGGGCCCAGGAGCAGGCGGGGAAGCCUCCGCCGCAUCCCCAGCCUCCCGAGGGCGGAGGGAGAGGCAAGAAGGGGAAGCGCGCUGCCUCCUCCGCCGCCGCCUCCGCCUUGGUCCCCCCCGCCGUCCGCAUCAGCCACACCGACAGCAGCUCCGACCUCUCCGACUGCCCCUCCGAGCCGCUCUCCGACGAGCCCAGGCUGGCCCAGGCCGCCAGCAGCGACGCCGAGUCCAGCGACCGCGAAAGGGAGCAGCCCCUGAGGCCUCCCGCGCCGCCUCUCAGCGCCCCAGAGCCCGCCAGCCACAAGGCUGAGCCUCCGCCGCAAGAGGCCGGCGAUGGGGCGCCCGCGGGGAAAGCCGCCGAGAAAGCCGCCCCCAAAAGCAGGCCCGGAGGAGGAGGAGGAAAAGCCCCGCUCGGGACGCCCCUCUUCGGGAAAGCGCCUGUCGCCGAUGAGGAGGAGCUGCUCCGGGAGAUCGAGGAACUGCGCUCCGAGAAUGAUUAUCUCAAGGAUGAGCUCGAUGAACUCCGAGCUGAAAUGGAAGAGAUGCGUGACAGCUACCUUGAAGAAGAUGUUUACCAACUUCAGGAGCUAAGGCGAGAGCUGGACCGUGCAAACAAGAACUGCCGCAUUUUGCAGUAUCGUCUCAGGAAAGCAGAGCAGAAAAGCUUGAAAGUUGCACAGACAGGUCAAGUUGAUGGAGAGCUAAUUAGAAGUUUAGAACAAGAUCUAAAGGUAGCCAAAGAUGUAUCUGUCAGGCUGCACCAUGAACUGGAGAAUGUGGAAGAGAAGCGUGUGAAAGCAGAGGAUGAAAAUGAAGUCCUUCGUCAACAAAUAAUUGAGGUGGAAAUAUCCAAGCAGGCAUUGCAAAAUGAGUUGGAUAGAUUGAAAGAGAGCUCCCUGAAGAGAAGAGGCAGCAGGGAUAUUCAUAAAGAAAAGAAGGCAUUUGCUCAGGAAGACAGUGCUGAUUUGAAGUGCCAGCUUCAGUUUGCCAAAGAAGAAGCAGCACUGAUGCGUAAGAAAAUGGCCAAGCUCGGCAGGGAAAAGGAAGAACUGGAACAAGAACUCCAAAAAUACAAAACCAUCUAUGGAGAUGUGGAAAGCCCUCUCCCCAUUGGGGAGGCCGGAGGACCACCCAGCACAAGAGAAGCUGAAUUGAAGCUUCGUUUGAAACUGGUAGAAGAGGAAGCCAACAUUUUGGGUAGGAAGUUAGUGGAGCUGGAGGUGGAAAAUAGAGGUAUUAAGGCUGAGAUGGAGGAUAUGAGGUGCCAGUAUGAGAGAGUAUGUCUCAGUCAGGACCAUGUUUCAAGCAUUCCUACCUCGCCUUAUGGUGACUCUGUAGAGUCAGCUGCAGAACUACGCCGCCAUUUGCAAUUUGUGGAAGAAGAAGCUGAACUGCUGAGGAAAUCGAUUGCUGAGAUUGAAGAUCAUAAUAAGCAGUUAACAAAUGAAUUGAACAAAUUCAAAUUUGAACCUGGGCAAGAGGCCAGCUGGCUUGAUGAAACUGCAUCCAAGUCUGGUGGGUCUUUACAAGAAGAGCUGAAAUCGGCCCGGAUGCAAAUCAAUGAACUUAGUGGAAAGGUGAUGAAACUCCAGUAUGAGAAUCGAGUGUUAAUGUCCAAUGUGCAGCGUUAUGAUCUUGCCUCUCAUCUAGGAUUGCGAACAUCAAGCCCCAGGGAGAGUGAUGCCGAGAGUGACACAGGGAAAAAAGAAUGUGACAACGAAGAAGGCCGUCUACCUCAACCAAAGAGAGAAGGACCCAUUGGGGGUGAGAGUGAUUCUGAAGAAGUCUAUGAAAAGACAUCAGGUUUUGGGAGUGGGAAGCCAUCAGAAGUAAGCGAACUGACAAGGGCCAAAGAAGAUGCAGAUUUUCUGGUGAACAUUAGACGUGAAGCUGAAAGGCUUGAAAGAGUUGUGGACCGUCUCAUUGUUGAUACAGAUAGUUUACUAUAUGAAGCAAAAGUGCUCAUAACCAGCAGCGUUUCCUCUGAGCUAGUGUUUGAAAAAGAUGAGGAGAAAAAGGAGAGUAAGACUGAACCAGAACUUUUGGACACCAUCAAUUCAAGAAUGAAAAAUUUCCAGAAAGAACUGCAAACAUUUUUGGAGAAAGUUGACAAUGUGGGGAAAGAACAGAUCGAUGAUCUUUCCCCUCUCCCUCACCUUACAGAGUCUUCCAGUUUUCUGUCCACCAUGACAUCCAUAUCCCGAGACUCACCCAUUGGUAAUCAGGGAAAAGAAUUAAUCACAGAUUUACAGUCCAAACUGAGGGAUCAGAUGGAAUGGCAGCGCAGUCAAGACCUUGGAGAGGAGCGAGAGAAUCGUCACCAACGAAGCCCUACUGAACCACACGACAGAGCUGAUGGAGACUUUAAACUCUACAGGCCAGGAAACAAGAGUUGUUUCAGUCUAGAGAAUGUAUCGAUACAGGAGAUUCAGGCUCAGCUUGAGCAGGAGGUGAAACUUCGACAAGAGGAGCAAGAAACUUUUACAGAAAGGAUCAUGCAGCUGGAAGAGGAGCAUCUGCAAACCCUACGGAGAAAAGACUUGGAGGUACAAAGCUUGACUUUGCAGAACAAAUUGGAAGAGAAGACCUGGGGUCAAGAGAAAACCUUGAUGCAUCAAGAACUUGGGCAUUUCAAGCAGAACACUUUUCUCUUCUAUAUCAAAUUGAAAUGGUUGUUGAAACAUUGGCGGCAAGGCAAGCGAAUAGAGGACCAAGGAGAGAACAUACUUGAGAUAGAGCAUUCAGAUCCCAUGCCAGAAUUCAGCUUUCAGUCCGAACAAAAGGGUGAUGAACGGGAAGAGGAGGAGGAUGAAGAGGAAGUGUUUACAAUGGCAGAUUAUUCCCAACAUUCCACUGUGGAAAUAAGUGAUCAUGGGCCACCCCUACAGACUGCAGAACUGUUGCAGCAUCAAAAGCAGGCGAGAGAAAAUCACCGACUCUUAAAUGCCUUGAAAAUACUGUUGGAUGACUUCUGGAAUGAACUCCAGAAUGAUGAGCAAGAACGCCAUAGUUUCCAGCAGCAGUAUGCUACUGAUAAAGCAGCUUGGGAAGUGGAAUGGACAAAGCUAAAGUGUCAGCUGGAACAGCUGGAAGAAAAGAGUGGAAAAGCACAAAGUGAGCUUGGUCUUGAUAUAAAGGCAGCUUUCAACAGGGAGAGAGAAGAGCACAAGAAGCUUCUGGCUGACCAUCACCAAUUGAUGCUGGACCUGCGAUGGCAACUCCAACACAAAGAAAAGAGCUGGAAUAGAGAAAAAAUGGAGCUUUUGGAGCGGCUUGACAAAGACCGACGAGAGUGGGAGCGACAAAAAAAAGAGCUGCUAAGGAGACUGGAGCAGAAAAUACAUCCACAACGAGGAGACAGCAUCCUUUGUGACUCAAAAGCAACUGGCCUUCCUUCAUUUUCAAGUCCAGAGAAACAUCGUGUACCUCGUCCAAUGGGGUUGCGAUCGUACUCUGAUUCUGACACCAUGCCGUUUGAAGAUCGGACAGCGUCUAAACUAAAAGAGAGUGACAGAUGCAUUGCCACAGAAAACCUCUUUCUAGAUACAUUGUCCCUUGAUUCUCCCGAUGAUUCCGAAGAACCACAUCCUCACGAACUGGAACGAGAAAGGUUUUUAAUUUGUGGAAAUGAGGAAGAAGAAAUGCACAAGGGAAAUCUUCAAAGGGCAAUGUCGGUUUCCUCUAUGUCAGAAUUCAAGCGCUUGAUGGACAUUUCUCCUUUUCUCCCCGAAAAGACUCUUCCUUCCUCCAGCACCAAGGAGGAUAUAACACCCCCAUUAUCCCCAGAUGAUUUAAAAUACAUUGAGGAAUUCAACAAAAAUUGGGAUUACAGCACUACCAGAAACCAUGGUGGAGCUGUGGAGAGGCCUAUUGAAGCAUGGGCAGAAAGGACAGAGAUUGGAAAGGCUGGGAAUAAUUCAGUUCCAGAUCCAUUCCAGCCAUCUUCAUGGUACCUCACUACCAGUGUGACUAUGACAACUAAUACGGUGACCAGCCCUGAGCACUGCCAGAAACAGCCGCUGAGGAGUCAUGUUGCUACAGAAAAAGUGGGAGUUAGAGUAUUUCAUAGUCCACCCGUUGUCCGCAGGUUUGAUAAUUCAGUAGCAGGUGGCAAUGAAGGGAAAGGCCAGCCUGAGCCAGACUUUUUGUUUCCUGUGACCAAAACUAAGAGUAAUGUGGGUGAGACAAAAGGUGCUUCUUCAGAAGUGUUUGGGCGAUGGUCAUGUGACCUCUCCAAACAUCAUAAUAAUUUCAUGGAAACUGGUAUUCAUCCCAUCGAGCGCCCUAUUUGCACUACUGUGAGUUUUGCCUCAUCUUUACAUAGCUUGGAAAUGUCCAAAAACAUGAGUGAUGAUAUGAAGGAAGUUGCUUAUUCUGUCAGAAACGCAAUACGAUCCAACUCAACUGAGCUUCAGUUCAAAGACACAGCUUGUCAGACUAAUGGAGUGAGGACUAUGGGGACUCAAACCACUCAAACAAUCAAUGUGGGCUUGCAAACAGAAACUCUGCGCAGUAUCACCAGCAGCCCACACAGAUGUCUGACACCAAAAGGGGGAGCCACACCUGUGUCAUCACCAUCCAGAAGCCUCAGAAGUAGGCAGAUGGCACCAGCUAUUGAAAAGGUCCAGGCCAAAUUUGAACGCACAUGUUGCUCUCCCAAAUACGGCUCCCCCAAAUUACAGAAGAAAACAUUCUCUAAAACAGAUCAGCCAAAUAACCGAACCUCCCCAAGCACACCUCAGAAAGGUUUCAGUGAAUCUGCUUGGGCCAGAUCCACCACUACAAGGGAAAGUCCCGUUCAUACCACAAUCAACGAUGGCCUCUCCAGUUUAUUCAAUAUCAUUGACCAUACCCCUGUGGUUCAGGACACCCUCCAAAAAUGCUCCAGGUCUAGCAGCCGGUCGAGGUCGGCAGAACCCAGGGCAGAACUGGGGCCUAUGCAGGACAUGUACACGGGUAUUCGUGGCCGGUCGCCCAGUCCUCUCCGUUUUGGUGCAGAGUUACAAAAGGAUGAAGGAACAGAGACCACAAGCAUUAGGCAGGACUUAUCUGCUCCUCCGGGAUACAACCUUACAGAAAAUGCUGCCAGAAUCUUGAACAAGAAACUGAUGGAGCAUGCCUUAAAGGAGGAAAAAAGGCUUGCUUCACAGAGCCCUCCCAGUCUUAGCAAUGAGAACAGCACAGGAGAAAUAGACAGAGUUGAACCAGGGUCCAUUGAGGGACUACUACCUUGUUCCGCACUAGCUCCAUCCCUAGAAUCCUGCUUCUCCCGACCGGAGAGACCAGCGAACCGGCGCCCACCUUCCCGUUGGGCCUCUUACUCCCCUACUGCCUCAUUAUCUCCUGGGGAAGAAUAUGGAAGCAAGGAACUGCCGUUGGGAUAUCCAAGCCAGGAUGCAAGCCUGCAUGAAUUAUCACGGAAUAAUUCACUGUUUUUUGCAUUGUAGCACCAUUACCAUGGCCAGUCUCUGUCAGCGAAGAGAGCUCAAGUUGUCACGGUCAAAGAACGUUCUAGAAAGCAGCAUGUCCAAUUUCAGAAACAGAGGUGUUUCUAGAAUGAAACAGUUAAUGUGCCUGUAAUAACUUAUUUUUUUCAUAGCUCAGAAAACUAUUUUUGCCUCCAUCUUUUCUACACACAGUAUAUUAAUUAAAAGGGUCUAAAACUAUACAGAUAAAGGUAAGCUUUUAAAUGAGACAUACAUUGUGUUCCAAGGGAAAUUGAAUGUGUUCUCUCUCUUUCUCUCUGACUAAUGACUGCCUUCUAUUAUAUUUGCACUGUUAAGGUCUGGGUUCUGUUGGCCAUUUUCCUGUCUUCUUGAUUUAAAAUGAGAAAUGUCAGUUAAAUUUAUUCAACUUUAUUAUUUUGAAAAAAAUAACAUUCAUAAAGGUGCUUUAGCAUGUCUGAAGUGGUAAAUCUUAAGUAGUGAAGAAAGCCAUUGAACUAGUUGACUAGAAUUGUCUUAAGCAAGCUAGAGGGGAAUACAGGGAAUAUGAAAUGCAUAGAAAGGAAGGGGGAUCUUCAGCCAGUCUUAAUGAAGUGAGCUCUAUCACACAUACACACACGCAUACACACAUACACAUAUUCACCACUCCCACCGCCACACAUAACAGAUUUGCAUGUCUUUAGGUUCCUAGCACUUUAGUGCAUGUACAUCCCGCUAUUGUACUCUCACCAUCACAUCAAUGUGUCUCAGUCUCUUUCAUUGUUAUAUUGUUGUGAAUUUAUCUGUACUGUACUUUUAAUGUUGGUAUUCUUGCAUUGAUUGUACAAAAAGAGGAUUUUUAAAUAAUUAUUCAAACAGUUCAACAGACUAUGUACAGUGUUUAUUGAAAUCUUCCCUUGUUGGGGGAAAGCACUGAGAACUCUGGGCAUACUGUAACUGGUCUUGUUUUCGAAGUCUGUUUGAGACCAUGUGAUGUGGAAAUAAAACUCCUCAGUAUUUACAAA